GAGUAAGAUUUUCCCCAUGUUUGGUGCUGAUUCUACAUAUUACUCGUCAGGUCUACAAAACCGACCGUCGGACUAGUGGCGAUCCCUAGACGUACAUCUAUCUACCCCGCUGUCGAGACAAAGCACACGUCUUAGUAAACGGAGACGGCACAAGUUCAAGAAGUGCAUCAGUAUAAGGAGCUUCUGUCCCCUUGUCCAACGGUGCUCAAGCCUCCUUCGUCAAUUCGACUUCCAAACAUCAAAAAGGGCAUGCUGAUGCUGCCCACUUCAACAUCAUCAUGAACGUCACGACACCAUCACCACCCGAUGGUCUCCUCUCAACCAUCAUGCCCUCCCUACCUCUAUCGAGCGUCGGCAUCAACUGCAGCUGGACCACCAUCCUCACCAUCCUCAUCCCCUCCUACCUGCUCCUCAUCCGACACCUCCGCUUCCAGCGUCUACACUCCUACCGCACCCGCUUCCCGCAAUACUUCCUCCCCGACGGCUCCCCCGCCAAUCUUGCCAAAAUGACGCUCCAAGACGCCCACCAAAUCCUCAUAAAUAUCUCCCAGCGCGAGUUUCCCUACCUCUACCAACGCUCGCUCUUCUUCGCCCUCUUCAAAACCUACGCCAUCCCCUCCAUUUCCAGUCUUCUCCUCGCCACAGGCCAACUCUCCUCGAACAAAACCGCCUCCAAACGAGCAACCGACACCGAAAUAUUAAUAAUGGAAAUCGUCAUCAACCCGCCCUGGGAGAAGAGGGGGCUGGAGGCGCUGGCGAGAAUGAAUUGGUUGCAUGGCCGGUGGCAGAAGGCGGGACGGAUCAGGGACGGGGAUCUGUUGUAUACGCUGAGCAUGUUUGCGCUGGAACCCGAGAGGUGGAUUGGGAGGUGGGAGUGGAGGGGGGUGAGUCAGGUGGAGAGGUGUGCGGUGGGCGUGGUGUGGAGGGAGGUGGGGGGGUUGAUGGGGAUUGGGAUGGAGGAUUUGGAGAGGUUUGCGGAGAAGAAUAAGGGGGAGGGAGAGAAGGGUGAUGAGGAGGAGGAAGAGAGUGGACUGGAGUGGAUGGAAAAGAUGGAACGGUUUAGUGAGUGGUAUGAGGAUACGGAGAUGCAGUAUGCGGAGAGUAACGAGGAGGUGGCGAGGCAUACGGUUGAUUUUUUGCUGUUGAGCCAACCGAGGAUGUUGAGGGGGGUGGGCAAGGGGUUUAUUGGGGUGUUAAUGGGGAGGAGGUUGAGGGAGGCUAUGAAUUUCCCCGAACCGCCUCAAUGGCAAGAAAAAUCCCUAACCUGGAUCCUCCUCUUCCGCCGCUGGGUCCUCCUCCACCUCAGCCCUCCCCGAUUCGAGUGGAUGGUUCUCCACAAACUUAACAAGGAUGUCGACCCUGCCACCGGAAAGUAUCACUUUAAUGUAUACGAACUUGACCCGUGGUAUGUGAAGCCGACGUUUUGGAGCCGCUGGGGUCCCUCGGCUUUGUUGAGGCGCCUGUCCGGUGCGCCGGUUCCGGGCGAUGGUGGUAGCAGGUACCAGCCGGAGGGGUAUAGCAUCAAUGAGAUUGGCCCCGAGAAAUUGAAGGGACAAGGAAAGGAGGAAAUUGAGGAGAUGGUGAGGGAUUUGGAGAGGAGGAGAAUGGAGUUGUUGGCUAAGGGCGGUUGCACUGGUGGCGUUGGUGGGGGGAGGUGUCCUAUGGGUCUUGCGUGAGGCUGUAUAAUGAGGUGCAAGGGCUACCUAGAAGAUGUAAAUAUCAAGGCAUAUGGAUGCAAGCCAAUAGCCGGUGGGAUUAAAGCUUUAUAGAGGUACCGUAUCGUUUAAGUACUUAUUGUGUAAAUAACCCUAACCCGCCUUUUGGUUUGAGUUGCCCGCAUCUGGACCUUUGGUCGAAGAUGUAUAAAUCAC